UCGCCUUUUAGUAUUAGUUGUUCAGAACUAAGAAAUAUAGCGAGUAGUACGUAAUUUUUUAUUAGACCAGAAAAUCGGAAGAAGUACAUACUUUUUCGCGCACCCGCUUGCAUGACGGGCCGCUAUCGUUUCGCUUCGGGGGCGGCGGGGUGCCCCGACAGUACACCCGGCCCGAGGGCCUCGCUGCGCCAUGCAGCGGCUCGGGCGUUGUGGCUUGCCAAAGAGAACCGGGGCGGCCUCCCGACCUCGAAGCCCGCCAGGAGCGAGAAACGCCGCCCCACCAAGCGGCCUCCCCGCGAGCCCGUCCCGGUCGGGCCGGUGCGGCGCCGCCAUGUUUUUUGCCGGAUGCGCAUGGGCCUGCUCGCCGUACCGGAGGGGCCGGCCCUUGAAGCAGUAGGGCGCGCGCCCCUGUGGUGGGGCCUGCUUCGGCCCCAACAGCAGCCGCCCCACAAUUGGGGGGCCGGGAAGGGGGGCCCGGAAGGCGCGCGGGCCCCCCCUUCUGGAGGGGGGGUAAAAAGGGGGCCGAAUUGGCCCAAUUCUGCCGCCUUUUUUAGGGGGGGGCAAUAAAUGGCCUUCCCCCGCUACUACAGGGGGGGGGGCAAAAUGGCCCGGAAGCGGGCACAUUUUACCCCCCCUCAAAAAGGGGGGCGAAUUGGGCCAAUUCGGCCCCCCUUUUCCCCCCCCCUCCGGAAGGGGGAGGCGCGCGUGCCUCUUGGGGGGCCUGCAGUUCACCCGCCGGCCGGGGCCCCGGAAGGGAAAAGGCGCGCCAGGCCGCGGCCAAAGCAAGAGCUUUUCCGUGCCCGGAAGGGCUUCGCGUUGGGGCCCCGGGAUGCGCGCCGCGUCGGUUGUGUGUCCCCGACGUGGGCCCAGCUCGGGGGCGGGUGGCGGGGUGUUGGCUGCGUGCCGUCGCCUUCCUAUCUACGCCAAGCCGACCCGCCCCGGCCCCGGCCGCGCAGCCGCAAUGCCGGGGGCUAAUUUUUCCGGGAUAAAACAACCCGGAACGCGGUCGCGCCUUCGCACCCCCCAACCUCAUUCAAGCCGCGACCCCCAUUGCAAGGGGAUACGCAAAAAAGCAUGUACUUCUUCCGAUUUUCUGGUCUAAUUUUACCACAGCUCAGACUCUACCCCUUCAUCAAUUCUGCACUCGAGGGAGUUAAUUGUAGUACGUUGGUGGCCCUUUGGUCCUCUCGGCGACUACUCCUACCGAUCGGGCGCAAAAUCAAAGACCAACGACUUUUAUUUGGAGAAGCGUUUUGAUAGAAUUCGAAAGAAUAGAGCAUGGGCGUCCCAAGCAGUGGCUGAAUUCUCUCAAAAUAUUCAUCAUAGCAGAUUAACGUCGUGA